AUGGCAAGGCUCACUGAUGCUGCCGACUACAAUGCCGGCGAGAUAUCUGGCAUUGUACCAAGCCCACGACCCGAAUCUGUAAAUGAUCAUGCAUACAAUGGACUCCGGACUACGUGCGUUCCUCUAGGUCUUCCUGCCAAUACAAACAACAAAAUAUCCGUUUGCUUUAUCGACAAUCCCACCAAAGAAUAUGAUAUGGCAAAAGGCAUGGCCUUCCUUAAAAAUUCACAUUUGCCCUGUGACCCAAAAGGAGCUCGUGACAGUUUAGCUGAGUGGUUAGCGUGUCAACCUCCCAUCCUGCACUGUCGCGGUUCGACUCCCGCUGAGGGUGUUGAUAAGGGCGAUGCGAGUUGCAUAUUGGCCACUGAUAUGGCUCGACAUAACGACAUUCUUAACCAAUUUAAGACGUGUCUUCUAGAUGAUCUGGAGGCUAUGCAAACCAUCAGCCAGGAGACUGAUAGACCAUUGUGGGCCUCUGAUAAGAGGUUGCGGGAUCUUGUGAUGUGCAUUCUGAUCAAGGUUUGUGACAUCUCCAAUGAAGCUCGACCUUUAGAUGUGUCCUGUCACUGGAUAGACCGAUUGUUAGAAGAAUUUUUCACCCAGGUCAGUUUGAAAUUAUAG